ACAUCACUCAGACUCCCGUGCUUCAGGCAUCCGUUCUCGACCGAGACACGUUUCAUCAUUGAUACAACAAAAUAAAUGAACACAGAAUGUUUGACUAAUCUGACAACAACACAAGAAGAACAACAUGAAGAUGGAUUGUAGGUAGUUUUAAUUGGUGUUUGUUGUGUGGGAUUGAACAGGGGUCUGAAGGAGGCUCGACUCAGACCAGGAGUUCUGGCCCUAUGAAGCUUGAUGUUGUUUCUCCUAGUCAACCUUCAGCAGAACUACAGCACAACUGACCGAGACAUCAGGAACCAGGCUGGUUGGGGACAGUAGCAUGACCCCUCUGAGUGAUGAAACGUCUCUUAUAAAAGGACACUUACCUUGUCUAGGGGAGUGUGGACCCGUCUUUCACACAGCAACUUAGUGGAACUGAACUGAAAUGAGAGUGGUUCACAUAUCAGACACCCUCUCCAACUGCAACAAGGUUCACAUCUCAGACACCCUCUCCAACAAGGUUCACAUAUCAGACACCCUCUCCAACUGCAACAAGGUUCACAUCUCAGACACCGUCUCCAACAAGGUUCACAUCUCAGACACCGUCUCCAACUGCAACAAGGUUCACAUAUCAGACACCGUCUCCAACUGCAACAAGGUUCACAUCUCAGACACCGUCUCCAACAAGGUUCACAUAUCAGACACCGUCUCCAACUGCAACAAGCUUCACAUAUCAGACACCGUCUCCAACUGCAACAAGGUUCACAUAUCAGACACCCUCUCCAACUGCAACAAGGUUCACAUCUCAGACACCCUCUCCAACAAGGUUCACAUCUCAGACACCGUCUCCAACUGCAACAAACUUCACAUCUCAGACACCGUCUCCAACUGCAACAAGGUUCACAUCUCAGACACCGUCUCCAACAAGGUUCACAUAUCAGACACCGUCUCCAACUGCAACAAACUUCACAUAUCAGACACCGUCUCCAACUGCAACAAACAUCACAUCUCAGACACCGUCUCCAACUGCAACAAGGUUCACCUCUCAGACACCGUCUCCAACAAGGUUCACAUCUCAGACACCGUCUCCAACAAGGUUCACAUCUCAGACACCGUCUCCAACUGCAACAAGGUUCACAUCUCAGACACCGUCUCCAACUGCAACAAGGUUCACAUCUCAGACACCGUCUCCAACUGCAACAAGGUUCACAUAUCAGACACCGUCUCCAACUGCAACAAGGUUCACAUAUCAGACACCGUCUCCAACUGCAACAAGGUUCACAUAUCAGACACCGUCUCCAACUGCAACAAGGUUCACAUCUCAGACACCGUCUCCAACAAGGUUCACCUCUCAGACACCGUCUCCAACUGCAACAAACUUCCCAUCUCAGACACCGUCUCCAACAAGGUUCACAUCUCAGACACCGUCUCCAACUGCAACAAGGUUCACAUCUCAGACACCGUCUCCAACUGCAACAAGGUUCACAUAUCAGACACCGUCUCCAACUGCAACAAGGUUCACAUCUCAGACACCGUCUCCAACUGCAACAAACUUUCACUCUCUACUUUACACUGCCACACGGGACGGAGACGCUGGAGGAAAGGCCUGUUACAGACAGACUGCUCUUGGAGGAAAGGCCUGUUACAGACAGACUGCUCUUGGAGGAAAGGCCUGUUACAGACAGACUGCUCUUGGAGGAAAGGCCUGUUACAGACAGACUGCUCUUGGAGGAAAGGCCUGUUACAGACAGACUGCUCUUGGAGGAAAGGCCUGUUACAGACAGACUGCUCUUGGAGGAAAGGCCUGUUACAGACAGACUGCUCUUGGAGGAAAGGCCUGUUACAGACAGACUGCUCUUGGAGGAAAGGCCUGAUACAGACAGACUGCUCUUGGAGGAAAGGCCUGUUACAGACAGACUGCUCUUGGAGGAAAGGCCUGAUACAGACAGGUUGCUCUUGGAGGAAAGGCCUGUUACAGACAGGUUGCUCUUGGAGGAAAGGCCUGUUACAGACAGACUGCUCUUGGAGGAAAGGCCUGUUACAGACAGACUGCUCUUGGAGGAAAGGCCUGUUACAGACAGACUGCUCUUGGAGGAAAGGCCUGUUACAGACAGGUUGCUCUUGGAGGAAAGGCCUGUUACAGACAGACUGCUCUUGGAGGAAAGGCCUGUUACAGACAGACUGCUCUUGGAGGAAAGGCCUGUUACAGACAGACUGCUCUUGGAGGAAAGGCCUGUUACAGACAGACUGCUCUUGGAGGAAAGGCCUGUUACAGACAGGUUGCUCUUGGAGGAAAGGCCUGUUACAGACAGACUGCUCUUGGAGGAAAGGCCUGUUACAGACAGACUGCUCUUGGAGGAAAGGCCUGUUACAGACAGACUGCUCUUGGAGGAAAGGCCUGUUACAGACAGGUUGCUCUUGGAGGAAAGGCCUGUUACAGACAGACUGCUCUUGGAGGAAAGGCCUGUUACAGACAGACUGCUCUUGGAGGAAAGGCCUGUUACAGACAGACUGCUCUUGGAGGAAAGGCCUGUUACAGACAGGUUGCUCUUGGAGGAAAGGCCUGUUACAGACAGGUUGCUCUUGGAGGAAAGGCCUGUUACAGACAGACUGCUCUUGGAGGAAAGGCCUGUUACAGACAGACUGCUCUUGGAGGAAAGGCCUGUUACAGACAGGUUGCUCUUGGAGGAAAGGCCUGUUACAGACAGACUGCUCUUGGAGGAAAGGCCUGUUACAGACAGAUUGCUCUUGGAGGAAAGGCCUGUUACAGACAGGUUGCUCUUGGAGGAAAGGCCUGUUACAGACAGACUGCUCUUGGAGGAAAGGCCUGUUACAGACAGACUGCUCUUGGAGGAAAGGCCUGAUACAGACAGACUGCUCUUGGAGGAAAGGCCUGUUACAGACAGACUGCUCUUGGAGGAAAGGCCUGUUACAGACAGGUUGCUCUUGGAGGAAAGGCCUGUUACAGACAGGUUGCUCUUGGAGGAAAGGCCUGUUACAGACAGACUGCUCUUGGAGGAAAGGCCUGUUACAGACAGGUUGCUCUUGGAGGAAAGGCCUGUUACAGACAGGUUGCUCUUGGAGGAAAGGCCUGUUACAGACAGGUUGCUCUUGGAGGAAAGGCCUGUUACAGACAGACUGCUCUUGGAGGAAAGGCCUGUUACAGACAGACUGCUCUUGGAGGAAAGGCCUGUUACAGACAGACUGCUCUUGGAGGAAAGGCCUGUUACAGACAGGUUGCUCUUGGAGGAAAGGCCUGUUACAGACAGACUGCUCUUGGAGGAAAGGCCUGUUACAGACAGACUGCUCUUGGAGGAAAGGCCUGUUACAGACAGACUGCUCUUGGAGGAAAGGCCUGUUACAGACAGGUUGCUCUUGGAGGAAAGGCCUGUUACAGACAGACUGCUCUUGGAGGAAAGGCCUGUUACAGACAGACUGCUCUUGGAGGAAAGGCCUGUUACAGACAGACUGCUCUUGGAGGAAAGGCCUGUUACAGACAGACUGCUCUUGGAGGAAAGGCCUGUUACAGACAGACUGCUCUUGGAGGAAAGGCCUGUUACAGACAGACUGCUCUUGGAGGAAAGGCCUGUUACAGACAGACUGCUCUUGGAGGAAAGGCCUGUUACAGACAGACUGCUCUUGGAGGAAAGGCCUGUUACAGACAGACUGCUCUUGGAGGAAAGGCCUGUUACAGACAGACUGCUCUUGGAGGAAAGGCCUGUUACAGACAGACUGCUCUUGGAGGAAAGGCCUGUUACAGACAGACUGCUCUUGGAGGAAAGGCCUGUUACAGACAGACUGCUCUUGGAGGAAAGGCCUGUUACAGACAGACUGCUCUUGGAGGAAAGGCCUGUUACAGACAGGUUGCUCUUGGAGGAAAGGCCUGUAUCGUUUCAGCCGACUGCCAGCUUGUCAACAUCACAGUACCAUGACAAGACAUGGGUUGUGGAAUAUCAGUUUAGAAGCUAAAUACUGUGUUUCUAUUGGCUAGAGACUGUUUUAAU